AUGUGUGCUCCGGCCGCCUCGAAACGGUUAGUACUUUCUUUGUAUCGUGAUUUGCUGCGCUACGGGACGCAGCUGCAAUAUACGGAUCAAGAAUAUUUCCUAAGUCGAAUUAGGCGCGAAUUUCGUCAGGGGGCGUCCCUGACCGAUCCGAAAGAAAUAGACAUUUGUUUCAAGAGAGGACUAGCGUUACUGAAUCGCGCCCGCGUGGUGUAGAUUUGCCGUCAAAAUGGCUUCCCUGUUGCGACGCUAUGUCCUUCG